AUGUUUUGUAAAGCAGGAGGAGCUCCAACUUAAUGUAAGGAUGGUGGUGAUUGUGACUCAUAUGUAUUUCCAACCACUUAUGAUUUUGAUAUUCUCUUACAACUGAUACCAUAAUCAGAAGCAUCCUAAAGAUUGUUAGACAUCUGGUUAUGGAUACAAAAGUACUAAAUAAAUUAACUAUUUGAAAUAAUAGGCUCCAUGCAAAAUAAGAGAUGAAUGAAUUUGGGCAAGCUAAUUUUCAGUAGUUAGUGGAUCAUGUUCUACUUUACAUGCUACUAAUUACUCUUGAUGUACAAAAUCCAUAGUGAAUGGUAAGUUCUUAGCUUGGUAACAAUCUAAUUCAAAAUUUAGAGUUUAAGUACAAUCCGCAACAGUAAAUUCACAUGCUUAACAUAAAAACCUUGCUGAAAAAUUGUACUAUUUCUUCUGCUAGAUGCAUAACUAUUUCAAUAUGUUCUUCAAACAAGUCUUAAUUGUUUGUGGCUGACUUAACACAUAAAAAUGGAGUAGCUAGAUGUGUUUUGGAUGCAGCAAUAAAUAAAUACAAAGGUAAAGUAUGCAGUGAUAAAAUAAUGGCUUAACUGAUGGUGAAUAUCAUACUUUCUUUCAGGAUGUAAAACAAAUGGAUCCGGUUGUUUGGCUAGAGCCUAAAGUAUUGAAUUUGCCAAUAGAUUAUUCUCUCUAAAGUCCAGCGCUGAACCAUGACUUUGGAUUUAUAGAUAAUGUUAUGAUUAUGAAGAAUGGAAAGCUGCAAUGAAAAAGACCCAUCCUGAAUGCUAAGUAUUUUCACCAUUAUGCACAACUAAUGGAGCUAUAUGCAUCCCUAUUACAUCAUAUGCAAGCAUAUAAUUAAAGACUUCUUGUGCUGUCGGAACUGAUCUAACUUGUGGAUGUUUAACCUGUUGGAAAAUGUUAGAUUUUUGCAUAAUUCACAGAUGUUAUUGCUAACAAGCUAAAGUUAUCUUGCAGAUGGAUUUAGUAGCUAAAAAAACGUAAACUUUGGUCUGA